AGAACCUGGAGAUCCAGCACACCAAGAUAUUUAUUAACAACGAAUGGCACGAAUCCAUGAGUGGCAAGAAGUUUCCCACCUACAAUCCCUCCACGGUUGAGAAAAUCUGCGAUGUAGAGGAAGGCGAUAAGCCUGACAUCGAUAAAGCCGUGGAGGCAGCGAAAGCAGCAUUCCAGAGGGGAUCUCUCUGGAGACAAAUGGACGCUUUAAGCCGAGGAAGGCUCCUGCACAAACUAGCUGAUCUCAUCGAGCGAGACCGAACCAUUUUGGCGACCUUGGAAACAAUGGACACAGGGAAACCUUUUCUUCAUGCCUUCUUCAUUGACUUGGAAGGCUGUAUAAAGACACUUAGAUAUUAUGCAGGGUGGGCUGAUAAAAUCCAAGGCAGAACUAUCCCGGUGGAUGAAAAUGUCGUCUGCUUCACCAGGCAUGAACCGAUGGGUGUUUGCGGGGCUAUAACUCCAUGGAAUUUUCCAUUGCUCAUGCUUGUUUGGAAGAUGGCACCAGCACUGUGCUGCGGGAACACGCUGGUUGUUAAACCAGCUGAGCAGACACCUCUCACAUCCCUCUACCUUGGUUCCUUAAUCAAGGAGGUGGGCUUUCCUCCUGGGGUGGUUAACAUCGUGCCAGGAUAUGGCCCCACCGCUGGGGCUGCCAUAUCUGCCCAUCUGAAUGUUGACAAAAUAGCUUUCACUGGAUCAACGGAGGUUGGAAAACUGAUCAAGGAAGCAGCCUCUAAAAGUAAUCUCAAAAGGGUAACGCUGGAGCUUGGAGGGAAGAACCCCUGCAUUGUGUGUGCCGAUGCUGACUUGGAGUUGGCGGUCGAAUGUGCCCAUCAAGGAGUUUUCUUAAAUCAAGGCCAGUGCUGCACUGCUGCCUCACGAGUAUUUGUGGAGGAGCAGAUCUACCAGGAAUUUGUCAAGCGCAGCGUGGAGUAUGCCAAGAAACGAUUCAUUGGAGACCCAUUCGAUGCCAAGACUGAACAAGGGCCACAGAUUGACCAAAAACAGUUUGAUAAAAUUUUGGAGCUGAUAGAAAGCGGGAAGAAAGAAGGUGCCAAACUGGAGUGUGGGGGUUUAGCCACCGGAGACCGAGGCUUGUUCAUAAAACCCACGGUGUUUUCGGAAGUUACUGACAACAUGCGAAUUGCCAAAGAAGAGAUUUUUGGACCCGUGCAGUCAAUAAUGAAGUUCAAAAGUAUAGAAGAAGUCAUAAAAAGAGCAAAUAACACGGAAUAUGGACUCACAGCAGCAGUGUUCACAAGGAAUCUGGACAGAGCUCUGACAUUAGCUUCUGCACUGGAGUCUGGAACAGUCUGGAUCAACUGCUACAAUGCCCUUUAUGCACAAGCUCCUUUUGGUGGCUUUAAGAUGUCAGGAAAUGGCAGAGAACUUGGUGAAUAUGCUCUGGCAGAAUAUACUGAGGUGAAAACAGUCACCAUUAAACUAUCCCAGAAGAAUCACUGAGAGAGUUGGAGGCCUAAAAUAUGCUGACACUCUGAAUGUGACACACAGACUAGGAGGGCAUGUUCCAAACAUGGGGAAAGGACAGAAGGGGGAGAAAACAGCACUUCUUACAAAGAACACUUUUUAAAAAAAUUUUAUAUAAACUUUGAAUCGACUGGACUUUGAACGCUCGUCAAUUACCUUUUGGAGACCGAAUUUAAUUGACAUAUCAGCUGUCCAUACUGCACACUCAUAUGCUGCAUUCAGUGGACAAGCCCUUGGCUUUACAUCAGUCUCUUACCAGUGACCAAACUUCCAGUCACGCAGUGCUUUACAGAAAUUUGUUUUUAAUCAAACCGUGGCUUUAAAGGCAAAAUCACCCCCAGUGCCAUAUUAGAAAGACCCAAGACAUCACUAGCAUGAAUUGUUAAAAGACCUGUGGACUUUAGUUGAUGUAAACUAACAUAGCUUCAUUGACUUCAGUGGCAUUGCUCCUAAAUAAGCCAAUGUAACACAUAUUGGGGUUAAGAGAAGAAUUAAUCCUGGUGGGGGUAGGGGGACUUUAUGUUUUUAUGGACAGUUAUGUAAAGCACUUUUAUCUGAAAGAGUUGUCUUGGUCUCUCAAUACACACACCUCCUCUAUAAUGGAGAUAUCAUAGUCCCAUUGAUCUCAGUAGGGGCUUUUCCAUCAAGUUCAGUGGGACUCCUGGGGUGGGGGAAGGAGAACUUUUGUACCCCUUCUAUUGUGAUGACCAUACUCUAUGCAUACUGAAAACAAGUAAUUGACUCGCUAACCUCUCUGGCUUCAGAAGAGCUCAUACAGUGUAUGAUGAAUCUUCACAAAGGCACUUUUCAAAAGACGAUUUUGCACUGCAUCUACAGUAAUGACACCAGCGAUCCUGCCAGUCUUGUAGCAUGGUGUACACGCUGCAGAAAACACCCAGAGGAUAGAAACCCAAACAGAAAUCUUCCAAAAGAAACAGAAGGACAGAGAGACUGCAAGGUUUGCGUCUCACUUCUCCGCCAUCGUUUUUUAUCCCAACAUGUGAAUCUCAUUUUGUUCAGCGAGAGCUGUUCUUUAUUUGAGCAGGAUUAGUAAACUCUCUAAGCCUCUCUUCUCCCCUUUCCCCCAGAUGAACGUAUCUUAUCAUAGAUUUCUGAAAAUAUGCUAUGAAAAUCAAGUUGCCCCCAAACUGUUAUGCAAAGUUUCAACGGUCUUCCUUUCAUGGGCUGGAUUACCAAGGGUCUAUGUUGAGUGGAGGCCAUUCUGCAACCACUGUAGGUGUGUCCCUGUCAGUUGAAGGCCCAUGGUAGGAAAGGAAAUUUGCAGUGGUAUAGAAUUUUUGCCACACUGGCAGGCCCCAAACUGAUUUGAGGUGACUUGUGGCAAGGGUGGUUGGAAGAUACUCUGAUUCCACAGCCAGUUCCAGUGAGGCUCUCUGUAGAGAACCCUCAACAAAAACGGAAGCUGAGAAGAGGCAGGUGAUAGGCAAAUACCUCACUCAAGCAUCAUGGGAGCAAACUGACCUGAGGUCCAUUACUCCUUUUGUGUCCCUACCUAGCAUUGCUAAAGCAGGGAAUGCCUGUUGACUUCAUGGGAGUGCUGAUCAGAGCCUUUUGUUGUCAAAGGGUGUUAUGCAGGUGGCUACAGUCCAAUGGAUAAUAAACUCCAGAAAUUAGGGUUUAAAGUGCAAAGGCAGGUCUAAUCUUUGUCUUGUGGGGCAAACAGCAAAGCUAGUGAAUAACCCAAUAACUUUCACCAGACAUGCUCCUCCUGGAGAAGUAAGAAUUUUUACCAUACUAAUAGAUGAGGAGUAUGGAGGAAGUUUGCAUGUGGCUGAACUCCCUUGUUAGUCAUUGAAUUAUGAGAGAAAUGGGGAUUCUGUGCUCCUUAAUCUCGGAUCACUCAUAAAUAACAUAUCACUGACAGCUGUACACAACGGGUGGGGAUGAGGCAUCUGCUCUCCCAUAGCUGUAGGAGGUGGGACUUCAGGAGGUGCAUCUGCAGAAGAUGCCCAGGAAAGUCCAAAUGGGAAAACUGUAAAUAUAUUUCUAUUUUUGUAGUCCAUUUAGAGAGAGAUCUCAACUGUCUUAUCAGACAAGCAUUUUACUAUUACCUACCUACUUACAUUUUCUAGAGCUACAAAGAGAUAAUCUAGAGGCAAGGUAUAUAGUAAAAUGAAGCUGGAAUAAUAAUCGCCAAUAUAGCUUUCUGUAUUUUUUGUUUGAUUAAACUGCUCGGGGGCAGGGAGGAGGGAGAUGAAAACGUGACAUCUGAAAUGUACAAUCUGUUUUAGCAUUUGUAAUUUCACCUUUUUUUUGUUUUUCCUCUCAAGUUAAACAAAUGACUUAGUAAUGUAUUCUCUUACUGUAUAAAUCAGGGUUUGACUUUACACACUGAAUUGUCUAAAUUAUAUAUCAAAUAACAUUAGCCACUAACAUAAAAUGACCAAUUAAAAGGUUUAUAUUCUUUCAUUGCACAGUAAUACUUUUCAUAUGAAAUACUACUUUAAUUUUUUAAAAUAUAUUUAUGAAUUAGAAUACAGUUAAUCUAAUGUAUUUUUAUAGCUGAAGGUACAUGGAAAUGCUAUAUGUGUUUAAACCUCAUGUAUAUAUUUAGAAUAUGGGUAUCUUUUUUGUA